GAGACAACGGAAACACAGUUGGUCAAUGGAAAGCAGGAAGAAGUAGUAGUCUGGAAGUACCCGGAGGAGAAAGUUGCACAAUUGGAUGAUCUGCAUGAAAAACAUGGAGUGGUUUUCAACUUCACCCGUUCCUUGUGAUCUCCAGCCCGCGGAAAAGGGAAAGUGGGUUAUCGACACGAUCAGAAAGGAGCCGCGGCUCAAACAUAUAGGGGAGACGUUCUCCUUACAAAGCCUGGGACGUAAUAACAUCAUGGUCCUGUUCGUCAAUGAGGAACAUGCAAAGAUAACAACGGAAAUGCAAUCCAGGAAUUGCCAUGGCUCGGUCUGCACAAUCACAAAAUGGAAGAAAUUGUCAGCCCAAAGGCAGACCCAGGCCUUUGCAAUUUCCUACAAACAGACCAUGAUGAAGGAAAAUUUAUGGGUUCAGUUCGAUAACAUUCAGCCGGGCUUUCACGGCCUGCUGGUCGACAGGCUCAAGCGACAAUACCCGGCCAAUAGAAUUCUGAAGUGGAUCCUCCCCACGCCAGAUUUUUUGGCUCCACAUUGCGGAUCGAUGACUGCGAUCUUGGAUGUGCAAACGGACGACCCCCCAGUAUUUCCACAGACAUGGAACCUGCAGAUCGAAAGCAGAAUGGUUGAGGUGAGAAUCUCUACACGCACAUCCCCAAUAUGCUUUUGCUGCAGGGAGCGAGGUCAUCUGGGCACUGACCCCGCUUGUCCGAAAUUUCCGAAACAACCAAAGGAUAGGAAACUGUCGCCCAACAUGCUGCUAGAAGUGGAAGAUGCCCCCGGUACCUGGUUCGUGGCAGACCCAACCUAUGACGGCUGGGUCUUCGACGACAACCUCGACGAGCCGGAUUGSGUCUGGCACUUUACAGACCUAACUCCUACCACCAAGAAACCAGACAUCUUCCCUCCGGCGGACAGCAGGUGGCAAAAGAAGGCCACCGGAAAGGUAAGAGGCAAUCCGACAAAGAUCAACACUAUGCCGAUUACCGACUCCAGGGUGAUCAGGGAAGAGAAAGCAAGGGAAGACUUACUGACGGACCUGGACACAAUUAGAGAGCAGGUUGAAGAGGAAUACAACAAGAACCCAGAUUCUUUAAAGGAGGCACUGAAACAAGCAGAAUUACAAACCUACAAAAGAAGGGCCAAAGCCCAACCAGUCAAUAAACGCCAAUUCCACGAAGGGGGCAAGGCCGGGGAGAAAGAAUCGGGCCUGAAAAGAAGAAGGGCCGAGGGACCAGCAGGGGAACGGGACAACAACAAACCAGGAGCGAAUAACGAGGGUGAGGAAAUGGACUUUGAUGCGGCUGGGGAGCAGGCUGAUGACGAAGCAGAUCCCAAGCCGGAGUCCGGCCCCGCGGAGGAGGAUGAGCAUGAACGGGAGGAACAGUCCCUCGCGUGGAUAAGACAUUAUGUGGAGAAAGCGAAAAGAGAGAGGGAACACGCUUUCGAUGUCCGGGUCGCAUGUUUGAAACACGCGGAACGAUCCCAAGCGAAUGGGAAGAAGAACGUAAUUGCUGGAAUCAGUAAUUCACCCAAUCAGUUCGCAGCCCUCCUGAAACUUAAGGCGGAUGAGUUCUCUGAGUAUGCAGCCUUCAGGUAUGCAGAAAAAAAGAGGGCAAGAGAACAGGGAACGGAAGACAAAGACAAAACAAUUCCCGCAACCAAAGAUAUCUUCCAAGAUCAACGCCCCAAGACGAGGAAGACAAGUAAGAACCAGAAAAAAAGGGAAUCCAACGAAGAGCAAGGGGGGGAGGAAGAUAAACCAGAGCGGGAUCUGUUGGAAAAGGAAAUUGCAGUCGUCCUGUCCCAAACAGAGAAACUGAGAAAAUGGAACAGAGAAUACGCCCCAGAAUACACAAUGAUUGCACAGAUUGCAAAGGGGAAAGCACCCAUGGUUGUGGAAGCAGCCAAUGCAGCCCGCAGAACAUUGAGGAACAUCAGACCGCUCAUCGCAGCCAGGUAUGACCCCAAAGUGAAGGAAUGGUCAGUGGCAACCGACGUAGCCUUCCAAAUUCCAUACUUUGUGGAAGUGGAAAACAUUGUUAAGGCCUUAAGAAACCAUGUCACCUUCGAUGUCCCUCUGGGUCUGUUUGAGACGGUGGCUUUAGCAUCAGACAUGGAGGACACCGAAUCCCAAGAGGGCUCAGAGAGCGAUCCCAAAACCAAGGAGCUAGCUGGCAGGAAGUCCCCGAGGGCCUUCUCACCCUUGAUUGCCAAAAUGCCRRAAGAGACGCAAYUGCAUUCAGGGAUGAGAUGGAGACCAUGGCGGACGGUGGCUGAAGUUCCUUACAGCAUUCUGGCUGGCCCAGGAGUGUCUGCGGAGUUGAUGGCCACUUCAGUGGCCAGCAUCGUGGAGGCAGGGCAGCUAGAUGGGGAUGAAGAAUUGGACAUGAGAGCAUAUGCACUAGAUGAUGAGAGGUUUUACAGAAGUGAAGGAUCAGAAGGUGAUGCAAGGGACGGCGAUGACGAGUGGGAGAAGAUGGACAGCGGAAAAAAAGGGAAAGGGGCAGGUGGACACUGAGGGGAGAGGAGGGGAGGAGCUGGACAAGGCGACCUCAAAGGGGAGCUCCGAUGCCGUGUUACAAG